UUAUAAGGCUGGCGGCCCUGGGGCCUGUGCUCGCUUUCAGCACCCAAGAUCCGUUAACGUCUACGCAGCUCAGGAGUCCGUGCCUCCAUCUACGUAGCAGCCAUGCCGCCGUACACCAUUGUCUACUUCCCAGUUCGAGGGCGCUGUGAGGCCAUGCGCAUGCUGCUGGCUGACCAGGGCCAGAGCUGGAAGGAGGAGGUGGUGACCGUGGAUACCUGGAAGCAAGGCUUGCUCAAGUCCUCCUGUCUGUAUGGGCAGCUCCCCAAGUUUGAGGAUGGAGACCUCACCCUGUACCAAUCUAAUGCCAUCUUGAGGCACCUGGGCCGAUCCUUUGGGCUUUAUGGGAAAGACCAGAAGGAGGCUGCUCUGGUGGAUAUGGUGAAUGAUGGGGUGGAAGACCUUCGCUGCAAAUAUGUCACCCUCAUCUACACCAAAUAUGAGGAUGGCAAGGAUGACUAUGUGAAGGCCCUGCCUGGACACCUGAAGCCUUUUGAGACCCUGCUGUCCCAGAACCAAGGAGGUAAAGCCUUCAUCGUGGGUGACCAGAUCUCCUUUGCCGAUUACAACUUGCUAGACCUGCUGCUGAUCCACCAGGUCCUGGCCCCUGGCUGCUUGGACAGCUUCCCCCUGCUCUCUGCCUAUGUGGCACGUCUCAGUGCCCGGCCCAAGAUCAAGGCCUUCCUGUCCUCCCCCGACCAUGUAAACCGUCCCAUCAACGGAAAUGGCAAACAGUAAUGGGCGGGAGAGAUAAGAGCUGCUUGUCCCCCUUCCCAGAACUAAUAAAGUUUGUAAGACAGAAGAA